CACACACUGCCAAAAUUAGAUUUUCAUUCCAUCCUCAAAUCAUCAAAUCAUUAAAUAUACAAACACAGACAUUUUAUGACAUUUUCGAAAGGGCCAAAGCAAAUCACACUCGCACCACAAAAAUAAUCUUUGGCCCUUCACCAUUAAUCCCAUAAUAUCUAACAAGUUUCAUUUCAAACCACAGUUUAGUAAUGUCAUGACCCUUUUGAGUAGCUCAUAAGAAAAAAGNAAAAAGCAUGGAUUUAUCACACGUAGUCCUCCUCACAAUCUUCGUACUAAUCCCAACAAUUCCCGCCACGAACGACACUCUGAACACCUCCGAUAGCAUCAGAGAUGGCGAAACGUUAGUCUCGUCGGGAGGGACCUUCGAGCUCGGGUUUUUCUCCCUCCGAAACCCGAGCAGACGAUACCUCGGAAUAUGGUUCCGAAACAUAACCGUCCGUACUUACGUCUGGGUUGCCAACGGCCCGAACCCCCUCGACUCCAGUGGCGGCAUCCUACGCUUCGUGGGCCCCACCCGAAAUCUCGCCCUUCUCGACGGUGGGCCCAAUGGCACCGUUGUUUGGUCGGCCAACUCGUCGGGCUCGGGCUCAGGCCCGUACUCCGCGCGGCUCCUCGACUCGGGGAACCUCGUGGUUCGGGCAACGGGCCCAGAAUCGGGCCCGCCCGCGUGGCAGAGCUUCGAGCACCCGUCGGACACGUUCCUCCCCGGGAUGUCGUUCGGCGUGAACUACGCGCGGGGGAUCGACGCCCGCUACACGUCGUGGCGGGCGGCCGACGACGACCCGUCCCCGGGGGACUACACGUCCCGGCUCGACCCGACGGGCUACCCGCAGAUAUUCUUGACUGGGCCUGGCGGGCGGGUCGUGAACCGGGUCGGCCCGUGGAACGGGGCCCGGUUCAGCGGUGCCGUGGGCACGCGCAACAACCCGAGCCUCCGGAUGAGCCGCGACGAGGUCGUGUACACCGAGGACAACGAGGACACGUCCGUCGUCACGUUGCUCAAGGUCGUCCCGUUCGGGGUCGUGCAGAGGCGGACUUGGGACGGCGGCUCGUGGGUCGUGAAUUUCAACCUCACGGACGAGCCGUGCGACUCGUACAACCGAUGUGGGGCCCACGGGUUAUGUGAUGACGGGUCGUGCGGGUGUCUAAAUGGGUUCGUGCGGAGGGGGUCGGGAGUUGGGUGCAUGAGGAGGUCGGGAUUGAGGUGCUCGGGCGAUGUUUUCGAGAGGUACUCGGGGAUUAAGUUGCCGGAUGCUCGGAAUUGCACGGUGAAUGGCGAGGCGACGUUGCUUUCGGAUUGUGAGGCAGAGUGCUCGAGGAAUUGUAGCUGCACGGCUUACGCGGUGCUCGAUAUACGGGAAUCGGUUAGCGGGUGCCUAUUUUAUCAUGGGGACUUGGUGGAUAUCAAGGCCAUGAGGCAGGGUGGGCAGGAUCUUUACAUCAGGCUCGGUCCCGGCGGGUUGGGCUCUAAAGGGAAUAGUAACAGAGUGAAACUGAUAGCAAGUGUAACAUCGGUUGCCGGAGUAUUUCUUGUGGCCGUGAGUAUCGUUUUCGUUUGUUAUCGGAAGAGAAUGAAGGAUAAAAACAGGAGAAAAUCGGUUGCAGGGCCAUUUACUGGAACCGAACACGGUAAAGACGCGGAAUUACCAUUCUUCAACUUAUCCACAAUCUCGAAAGCCACAGAUCAUUUCUCGACACAGAACAAGCUCGGUGAGGGUGGCUUCGGACCUGUUUACAAGGGCACGAUGGAGAACGGACAGGAAAUUGCUGUGAAAUGCUUGGCAAAAGCCUCCUCACAAGGAGUCGAAGAAUUGAAGAACGAGCUGACCUUAAUUGCUAAACUGCAGCACAGGAAUCUAGUGAGGCUUUUAGGCUUUUGCAUCGAACGAGAUGAGAACAUGUUGAUCUAUGAGUACAUGCCAAACGGUAGCCUCGACUUGAUUUUAUUUGACAAAACGAAAAGCUCGUUACUUGAUUGGAGAAAGCGGUUCAAUAUCAUCAAUGGGAUUGCCAAAGGACUGUUGUACCUUCAUCAAGAUUCGAGGUUGAGAAUAAUCCAUCGAGACCUAAAGGCCAGCAACAUACUCUUAGAUGCCGAUAUGAACCCAAAGAUAUCAGAUUUUGGCCUGGCCAGGGGUUUCGGUGGAAGUGAAACCGAAGCCAAAACGCGCAGAGUCGUAGGAACAUAUGGCUACAUGUCUCCUGAAUACGCAAUAGACGGGCUUUUCUCGGUCAAGUCAGAUGUUUUUAGCUUCGGUGUUCUUGUGCUAGAAAUCGUGAGCGGAAAAAGGAACCGAGGAUUCAGCUUGAAAGAUCACAAUCUCAACCUUGUUGCACAUGCUUGGACACUGUACAAAGAAGAAAACUUACGAGAGCUAGUCGAUGAUACUCUAGGAAAUUCGUUCGACUUUUCCCAAGUGAUGCGCUCGAUCCACGUUGGGCUUCUGUGCUUGCAAAGACGUCCGGAAGAUAGGCCGAGCAUGUCAUCCGUGGUUUUCAUGCAAGGGAAUGAAGUCGAGUUGCCUCCGGUUAAGGAGCCGGGAUUUUUCACGGAAAGGGACGUUACAGCUGGCGAAGGCUCGAGCGGAACAAAUGCAUUCGCUUCUGAGAAUCAAGUCACUGUUACAUUGCUGGAGGGCAGAUAAUAAAAGAUACAACAAAUUCACUAUAAAAUUUGUUUUUAGCUUGGAAGAUGAUUGAUUCUAUAAAGAACAAGAUAAUUGAAAAAAAAAAAAUUGUUCCAAAAUGUUGCCCUUGAAUCUCCUUGAUGAUUUCAUCCAGAUCAGUUAACACAAAUAAUACAUUAAAAAAAAAAACAAAAUUUUUAAAAAUAUUUGUUCCUUACACGUCGGAUUUCAGUUUCACCAAUAAUCCCGGCACGAACACUCCCCGUCCUUGAAAUGGUGAAACCUCACGACAUCCCUCACGAUAAUCUCCCGGCCCAAGACCCUCGACAUGUACUUUAUCGCCGUAUGGCAAUCCACACAAACCCUCAAAUUCUUCGUCACUCGAAUCGUGGUCCCGUGUGGCGCACUCAGAACACCAAAUGCUAUUGCAAGUCUCUCACUAUGAGUAGAUAAUACAUACUUCUUCUGCUCCUCAUCCACAUCAUGCAGCUCCGAGUUUGUAUCCGGAACAUAACCCUCUCGUUCGAUUCUCUCCAUGAGGUCUUUUAAAGCGCCACCUAUUCUUAAAUAAUCCGGGUGGCUCACAUCUCCCGAGACAAAAACAUGCAGCUCGUUUUUCACCUCGACCCAACUGCAAGCCGCUUUCUUUCUCAACCCUUUCCCUCUCAUUUUCACCCUCAGCUUGGUAGCCGCAUUCCACCUACCAGCAGCAACAUAAACGUUCGACAGCAAAACGUACGCGCCCACGUUUUUCGGGUCGAUUUUCAGCAUUUCUUUCGAAACCCUCUCGGCAAGCUCGACAUUUUUUCGUACCCGGCAAGCCGACAAAAGUGAGGACCAAAUAACCCCUGUGGGCUCAACUUUCAUUUCGGAGAUGAAUUUAUACGCCUCGUCCAAUUUUCCUGCUCGCCCAAGAAGAUCCGAGAUAGCCGCAUAGUGAUCUAUACACGGGGAAAUCGAAUAAUCCCGAGUCAUGCUAUUGAAAUAUUCCCAAGCUCGAUCGACUAAGCCGCUAUGACUGCAGGCGGUUAGGACAGCAAGAAAAGAUGCGGAUGUGGGCUUUAUGCCCUCGAUUUUAUCCAUCCGAUCGAAUAAGUCAAUGGCCUCACGUGCAUCGCCGUGAAGUGCAUACGCCAUGAUCAUGGCCGUAAAAGAAAUAGUGUCAUGAGAUUCCAUUCGUUCGAAAAGCCACCUGGCAACCUGUAAGUUUCCGCACUUUGAAUACAUGUCGAGAAGGGAGCUGGCAACAUAGAUGUUACUAUCGAAGCCCCUUCUGAGUAUACAGCCGUGCAGCUGUUUACCGAGACAAAGUGUCGUUAAGUGAGCACAGGCUGGGAUUAUGCUCGAAAAUGAAACGGCCACUGGCUCGACUCCGGCUACAAGCAUCUCUCGGAAGAGUUUUAGACCAUUAUCGAAAUUCCCGUUCUGGACGCAAACCGCUAUCAUCGAGUUCCAAGAUACACUGUCUUUAUGAGGGGACAAAGAGAAAACCUUGUACGAGUCCUCUAAUUGUGAACAGUUGGCGUACAUGUCGAUCAAGCUGCUCCCGAUGAACAUGUCUUUGUCAAAACCGUGUCUGAUUGCGUACGCGUGUAUCUCUUUCCCCUUCGCAAGAUUCACGUGCUGCGAGAACAUCGGGAGGAUGCUCGAAAGUGUGAAGGAAUCGGGUUUCACGUUCGAGUUUCCCAUUUGCUUCACGGUCGAGAGAGCCUCCGCGUGCAUCCCGUUCUGCAAGAGUCCUCCGAUUAGUGUGUUACAAGAGACAACAUCCUUAACGGGCAUUUUCUCAAACACUUUCCUCACACUAUCCAUGGGAAAAGCUUCGUUUUUAACUCUAUCUAUCACGGUACCACUGUUUGGUCUGAAAUCAGCCCUGCAAUUCAGAUCAGCAACAACCCUUUCUUCAUUUUCUACUUUUUCACUCAAAAAAUGGGUUUUUUCCUUCAAAAUUAUCGAUCCUCUCAGUUGGGACAUACCAUCAAACACAUUGCGGGCACUCAACGUCUCCAACUUGGAAUACAUAUUCAUCAAAGCAUUCCCGGUAAAAAGCUCGGCAUCCAAACCGAGCCGGACCGUGCAGCCAUGCACGGCCUCGCCGAGCUUCAAGUUCUUCAAAUGGACGCAGGUUUUCAGCAAAGAAGGGAACAUAUUCCCCGCCGGGCCUCUGCCGGAAGCCCACAUUUCCUUGAAGAAACCGACGGACCCCACGAAAUCGCCGUUCGAGGCGCAGCAUCUGAUGACGGACUUCCAGACCUUGGUCGGGGGAGGCGACGACCCAAACGUGCUAAGGAGCGAGAGGCAGUCCUGCAAGAGGUCGAAGCCGGCGUAGACGGAGAUAAUUAGACCGGUUAAUUCCGGUGAGGGAGAACCGAGUCCGGUGAGCUUGACGGCGCUGGCAUGGAGUUGUUUGGCCUGCGAACUCGUUUUGAUCAGUGAUGGGUUGUUGAGGAGGAUUUUGAGGGUCUCGGCGGCGUUUCUCAUGGGAGAUUUUUGUCCGAGUUGUUGUUGUCUGUUAUUCGUUUAAGUGGACCAGUGAGUUUUUCUGUGUCGUUUGUAAAAUUUGGGUGGGAUAGUUUCUGAUGCUGUGUAGGUUCUUUUGAGGAUUUUGUCGUGAUCAUCGUAAGUUAAUUGAAUGGCUGCUUAUGAAGCUCUUAGAUAGAGAUAAGAGCUGGGGUUGUUUUUUUUGUUUUGUUUUUUU